UCUGUUGAGAAUUUUUUAUCUCAACUAAACUAUUAUCAAUGCACCCAUUUGUCAAAUUCACAAAGAGAAACCAGCUGACAUCAUGGAAGGAAAGAAUCAAACAGCUCCAUCUGAAUUCAUCAUCUUAGGAUUCUCCCACCUGAAUGAAUUUCAGUUUUUACUCUUCACCAUCUUCUUUCUGACUUACAUAUGUACUUUAGGAGGCAAUGUUUUUAUAAUCGUGGUGACCAUGAGUGACUCCCACCUACACACACCCAUGUAUUUUUUCCUAGGAAAUCUUGCCUUUAUAGACAUUUGCUAUACUACUACUAACGUCCCCCAGAUGAUGGCGCAUCUUCUGUCAGAGAAGAAAACCAUUUCCUAUGGAGGCUGUGUGACCCAGCUCUUUGCAUUCAUUUUCUUUGUUGGCUCAGAAUGUCUCCUCCUGGCAGCAAUGGCAUAUGACCGAUACAUUGCUAUCUGUAAGCCCUUAAGGUAUUCAUUAAUUAUGAACAAGGCCCUGUGCAUCUGGUUAGCAGCCUCAUGCUGGACAGGUGGGUUUCUCAACUCUGUGGUGCACACAGUUCUGACCUUCCGCCUGCCCUUCUGUGGUAACAAUCAGAUCAAUUAUUUUUUCUGUGACAUACCUCCCUUGUUGAUCUUGUCUUGUGGUGAUACUGCCCUCAAUGAACUGGCUUUGCUGUCCAUUGGGAUCCUCAUAGGUUGGACUCCUUUCCUGUGCAUCAUCCUUUCCUACCUUUACAUCAUCUCUACCAUCCUGAGGAUCCACUCCUCUGAGGGGAGGCACAAAGCCUUUUCCACCUGUGCCUCCCACCUGCUCAUUGUUAUUCUCUAUUACGGCAGUGCCAUCUUCACAUAUGUAAGACCCAUCUCAUCUUACUCGCUAGAGAAAGACAGAUUGAUCUCAGUGCUGUAUAGUGUUGUCACGCCCAUGCUGAAUCCUGUAAUUUAUACACUGAGGAAUAAGGACAUCAAAGAGGCUGUGAAGGCCAUAGGAAGAAAGCGGCAGCCACUAGUUUUCUCUUCUGAUAUGUAACCUUGCUUACCUGUAAUCAACAAUCCU